AUGUUGCGCAAGCUCACCGUGGACCAGAUCAACGACUGGUUCACGCUCGGCAAGGCCGUGGCCGACGUGGAGCUGCUGGGCUCGCCGCCCGCUUUCCCGGCCGAGGCGGCCCGGCAGGAGGCCCAGCGCCGGGACGCCCCGGCCCCCGAGCCCGCCGCCCCGGCCCCGGCCCCGCCCCCGCCGGCCGCGGACUGCAGGCCGCUCAGCCCCCGGCGCCCGGAGGGGGGCCCCGCGGACCCGCCCGACCCCGCCGCCCGCCCGCCAGUUUGCAUGGGGGGGGGGCUGGCAGGACGUGCAUGUUCUGGGCUGCCUGUGUCAGUGGUUAAGAGUGGGCUUUUGGGGGCACCUCACAGUCCUGCUCGCGUGCCGGGCUGUGGGCAUGUGUCUUUGUGUGGGUGUGAGCGUGUGCUGCAGGUACAGAUCAGAUCAACCCUGGCGUUUGCCUUGGUCUUAUUCCAGACGCAAGGUGGCAUCACGUGUUUCUCUUGUCUGAAUCCAGGUCCACAGCCGCCUUCGGUUAAAUUAAGCAACGUGACAUGCAUCCCAGAGACAGCUCACAAGUAUCCCGACUUGCCCAUAAACCGGUGUAAGGAUGAGGUGAUGUCCUUGAUAGAGAGCAAUUCUGUGGUCAUUAUCCAUGGCGCCACAGGCAGCGGGAAGAGCACGCAGCUCCCACAGUACGUGCUGGACCACCACCUCCAGCGCGCCGCCUACUGCAACAUCGUGGUCACGCAGCCACGCAAGAUCGGGGCCAGCAGCAUUGCCCGCUGGAUCAGCCGCGAGCGCGCCUGGACGCUGGGCGGCCUGGUGGGCUACCAGGUGGGACUCGAGAAGGUGGCGACGGAGGACACCAGGCUGACCUAUGUGACCACCGGGGUGCUGCUGCAGAAGGUGGUGGGUGCCAAGAGCCUGACGGAGUUCACGCACGUCUUCAUCGACGAGGUGCACGAGCGGACGGAGGAGAUGGACUUCCUGCUGCUGGUCGUCCGCAAGCUGCUGAGGACAAACUCGCGCUUUGUGAAGGUGAUCCUGAUGUCGGCCACCAUCAACUGCAGGGAGUUCGCUGACUACUUCGCCGUCCCCGUCCAGAACAGGCUGAGCCCCGCCUAUGUCUUUGAGGUGGAAGGGACGCCCCACGCCAUCACCGAGCAUUACCUGGACGACCUGGGGCACAUCCACCACAGCCGGUUCUCCCCUCACCUCCUGGAGCAGCCGGUGAUAACUCAGGACGCGUAUGAAGUCGCUGCCGCCCUGAUCAGGAUGUUUGACGACCUGGAUCUGCAGGAGAGUGGGAACAAGACCUGGGCGGGGGCCGAGUUCAUGUCGGAGCGCAGCAGCGUGCUGGUGUUCUUGCCAGGUCUGGGCGAGAUCAACUACAUGCACGAGCUCCUCGUCAGCAUGACCCACAGAAGGCUGCAGGUGUACCCCCUCCACUCCAGCGUGACCCUGGAGGAGCAGAACAACGUGUUCCUGAGCCCCGUGCCCGGCUACAGAAAGGUCAUCCUGUCCACGAACAUCGCAGAGAGCUCGGUCACGGUCCCCGACGUCAAGUACGUUAUAGAUUUUUGUUUGACUAGAACUCUGGUUUGCGAUGAGGACACGAAUUAUCAGAGUCUGCGGCUGAGCUGGGCCUCGAAGACCAGCUGCGAGCAGAGGAAAGGCCGCGCGGGGCGAGUGUCCAGAGGGUACUGCUACCGACUGGUCCACAGGGACUUCUGGGACAACUGCAUCCCCGACCACGUCGUCCCCGAGAUGCUGCGCUGCCCCUUAGGAAGCACGAUACUGAAGGUGAAGUUACUGGACAUGGGCGAGCCAAGGGCUCUGCUGGCCACGGCCCUCUCCCCGCCCAGCCUGGGGGACAUCGAGCGCACCAUCCUGCUGCUCAAGGAGGUCGGCGCCCUGGCGGUCAGCGGGCAGAGAGGAGACGAGAGCCCCCACGACGGCGACCUGACCUUCCUGGGGAGGGUGCUGGCCCAGCUCCCUGUCAGCCUGCAGCUGGGCAAGCUCAUCGUGCUGGGCCACGCCUUCGGCUGCCUGGAGGAGUGUCUCAUCAUCGCUGCUGCUCUGUCUUUGAAGAAUUUUUUUGCGAUGCCUUUCCGGCAGCACCUCGAUGGGUAUAGGAACAAGGUCAGUUUCUCUGGCAACAGCAGGAGUGACUGCAUCGCGCUUGUGGAGGCCUUCAGGGCAUGGCAGACUUGCCGGCAGAGGGGAGAGCUGCGCCACCCCAAGGAUGAACUUGACUGGGGACGACUGAAUUACAUUCAAAUCAAGAGGAUUAGAGAGGUGGCCGAGCUGUACGAGGAGCUGAAGACCAGGGUCUCGCAGUUCAACAUGCACGUGGGGGCCCGGCGGCCGGCCCUGGCGCAGGACUACAGCCACAAGCAGCGCUUCGUCCUGCAGGUGGUGCUGGCAGGCGCAUUUUACCCCAACUACUUCACGUUUGGGCAGCCUGAUGAGGAGAUGGCCGUGCGGGAGCUGGCGGGCAGGGACCCGAAGACAACCAUUGUGCUGAAGCACCUUCCUCCCUACGGCUUCCUGUACUACAAGCAGCUGCAGUCGCUCUUCAGGCAGUGCGGCCAGGUCAAGUCCAUCGUGUUUGAUGGUACAAAGGCCUUCGUGGAGUUCUCGCGGAGCCCGACUGAGCGCGUCAAGACGCUGCCUGCGGUGUACAUGGCCGUCAAGAUGUCGCAGCUGAAGGUGUCCCUGGAGCUCAGCGUCCACUCCGCAGAGGAGAUCGAGGGGAAGGUGCAGGGAGGCUCGGUGUCCAAGCUCCGGAACACCAGGGUGAAUGUGGACUUCCAGAAGCAGACGGUGGACCCCAUACAGGUCUCGUUUAAUGCCCUGGACAGAUCCCAGACCGUCACGGACCUCCUGCUGACAGUGGACGUCACGGAGGUGGUCGAGGUGGGGCACUUCUGGGGGUACAGGAUCGAUGCAAAAAACUCAGAGAUCCUGAAGAGACUCACUGCUAAGAUAAACCAGCUGGAGCUGGCACCUCUGCCCGUUCACCCCCAUCCCGACUUGGUCUGUCUGGCUCCCUUUGAAGACUUUGAUAAAGAGAGCUACUUCCGGGCUCAGAUCCUCUACGUCUCUGGAAACUCUGCCGAGGUUUUCUUCGUGGACUACGGCAACAGAGCCCACGUUGACCUCGCCCUCCUGAUGGAGCUUCCCUGCCAGUUCCUCGAGCUCCCUUUUCAGGCGCUCGAGUUCAGGAUCUGCAAGAUGCGCCCGUCAGCCCGGUCGCUGGUGUGCGGAGCGCGCUGGAGCUGCGGGGCCAGCCGGCGCUUCUGCUCCCUGGUGCGCGGCUGUGCUCUGCUGGUGAGGGUCUUCUCGGUGGUGCACGGCGUGCUGCACGUGGACGCAUUCCGCUGCUCGGGACCCCAGGACGCCACCAGCAUCAGGGACGUGCUGGUCAGGGAGGGCCACGCUGAGCUGGCCGAGGAGUCCUACGAGUCCAAGCAAAGCCACGAAGUUCUCAAGGGUCUCUUUUCCAAAUCAGCAGACAGCACGGCCAGCCUGUCCGCGCCGUCCCCUGUGAAGGACGACGAGAGGGGCCUGAUCCGCCUCCUGCUGGACAGCCUCGCGUCCAACCGGCUGGGCGCGCCGCGCUGCAAGGCCAUCCUCCACGGCCCCUUCAACCCCUACGAGCUCAAGUGCCACAGCCUGACCCGCGUGUCCAAGUUCAGGUGCGUGUGGAUCGAGAAGGAGAGCAUCAACUCCGUGGUCAUCAGCGACAGCCCCGAGGACCUGCACCAGAGGAUGCUGGUCGCCGCCUCGCUGUCCGUCAACGCCACCGGGUCCACCAUGCUGCUGAGAGAGACCUCACUGAUGCCACACGUGCCCGGCCUCCCCGCGCUGCUCAGCAUGCUCUUCGCCCCCGUGAUGGAGCUGAGGGUGGACCGGGGUGGAGCCUGCUAUACCGGCGUCCUCUGCGGCUUGGGCUGGAACUCCACCACGCAGACCCCCAUCCUGCCAGAGCACGACAUUGAGCUGGCUUUUGACGUCCAGUUCGGCGUGGAGGACAUCGUGGAGAUCAACAUUCUCCGGGCCGCGGUGAACAAGCUGGUGUGCGAUGGGGCCAAUGGGCUGCGGUGCCUGGGGCCGGAGAGGAUCGCGCAGCUACAGGACAGCGCCCGCCAGAAGCUGCUCGGUUUGUUCUGUCAGUGGAAGCCAAGAGAGAAAAUUGCCCCCAAGUGGCACGAGAGGCCGUAUGAGUGGAACCAGGUUGACCCAAAGCUGGUCAUGGAGCAGGUGGAGCCGGAGGGCAGCCACGGCAGGAGCACCUUCCUCUACCAGCUGCACAAGCUGGUCGUGCUGGGCACCUGAGCCGCCAGGGGGCGGGCGUGGAAGAGGACGGCUUUGUCCACGGCGCUGCGCCUGCCAGGCCUUCUCCGGCGCUGCUUUCUCUUCAGUGGGGGGCGGGUUUCUGUUUGGGUGGGAAGGAUGGGACCGUCCAGUCCUUCUGGAAACGGAGAUCACUGUAUUAAAGAUUUGGGGGAAAAUUGUUUGAAAGAAGACUUUAUUUGGAAACAAGCUCUCUCUUGCGUUGCCUCUGUUAAGGUGAGUGCCGGCAGCUGGCCGCGGAGCACGCCGGGGCGGUGCUCAUCUGCUCCCCCACCCCCAGGGGUGAAGCCUGGCCCCUAGGGAGACCAGGCUGCCUGAUUCACCACCAGGGAAAAGCUGUGUUUUUUUAAACAACUCCGGGGCAUUCUCUAAUUUUCUUCCCUGAGGGAAGAUACUUAAUUUUGGUUAAACUCGUUUCCAGUCUGUAUUUUUUAGAUUUUCCCGUGAGUCCACAUGUUGGAAAGCAGAGAGGUUGCCUGGCAAGUCGUGUGGCUGUUCAGACAAUAAAGUGUUAGAUUAAGUUUCUGUUUCUGACCAUUUUUAGUCAGAGAAGGUUUUAAAAUGUGU